AUGGCUUCCGGUCUAUUCUUCGACCCACUGGCCGCGCUGGCCGUAACGCCCCUGGUGUCAUCCACCUGCACACUCUUAUUCGCAUGGGAUCAGCACUUCUUCCUCGGGCUGUUCAACACCCCUGAAAACCGAGAAAAAGCAAAUUCGAUCCUCCCUAGGUAUUUCAAGACCUUCUUCUACGCCGGUCUUCCUCGACUCGUCGGGUUUCUCGGAGUGACUUUUUGGAGCACGGUCGGAAAUUAUUAUUGGCGCAAUGAUGCGUUGGUUUCGAAUCAGUCACUAAAAUGGUAUUUAGCCGGUGGUGGUCUAGCAUUAAGCCAUUUGCUGUUUGUGCCGUUGGUUGCGCCUCGCAUCCAGGCCAUUGUCGAAAAUGAUCGGACCAAGGGGGAACCAACAGAAGUGUUGGGUGAGUGGUUAGGGAUACACAGGGUCAGGAGUCUGACUGUUGAUCUUGCGGCUUGGGCGUGUAUAGCAGUUGCUGUUAUCAAGAAUGUGACUGUUUCGAGCAGAUCGUUUGGGGGCCACUUUGAGCGGACCUCGGCUCGUGGUGGUCAGCGAUAUCGAUCUCGACCCAACGCAACGUAGAGCGAGUCUUAUCAGAAAAACACAAUGGGCCAGAUUCAGUAUCCAAAGCUGUGGAAGGUGUUGAGGCGACUGCGGGCGUGGAAAGUUGCAGCGCUCGCCUUUGCGCUCUUUAAUUUAAAAUGCUUCCCUUUUGUAUGGCACUAUCGGUUCUUCAUACCACUCCUCACGGCGACUCUACGAAAGCCGCCGCAUCAAUCCCUUGUGGUCCGGAACCAGAAGAAUAAAGUCCCCCUCGUCUUCCUACCAAUCAUUACAGCGACAAGAGUGCCUCUACUGGAAGGUGACUUUAACUUUCACAAAUCGAAUAGCACAUAUUUCACCGACCUCGAUACCAGCCGCUCCCAUCUGAUCGCUUUCCUAUGCUUCAAGGGAAUGGUCAAGGUGGAUAGAGAGCUUUCGGCAGAUGGGAAAAAGGGCAUUCUCACUGUGAUGCUGGGCUCGACGCAAACAAGCUUCAAACGGGAAAUCCCUACUCUUCAGCCGUAUGAAAUCUGGUCUAGGAUCCUCACCUGGGAUCAGAAGUGGAUGUACACUGUUACGCAUUUUGUUCAACGGGGCCGGAUCACGCCCACGGCGAGCGUUGCCGAUGUGAAAGCCGGUAGCAAGGAAUCAAAGAGCAAAACGUCUCCUGCGUCCAAGGACAUUGAGUCAUCGAUUUUCGCCACUUCAAUAUCUAAAUUCGUGUUCAAAAAGGGCCGCAUGACGGUUUCUCCGGAGCGUAUAUUGGGUGCGUCGGAGCUACUGUCCAAGGUGUCGUCGAGCGACUCCCCAAUCAAUUUGAGCCAGAUAUCAAAAAAUAAUAUGAACGGGGACGUUUCAAACUCUCUGGCAGACCAAGUACCCUCGGCGGCCCAACACGAUAUCCAAAUGUUGACGGACAUCGAAGCAGAGAGGGCCAAGGGCCUUAGAUACGCCGAUUUCUUGACCGGACUCGAAGAGCUGCAGGGACAAUUGUUGAAGGACGAUGAAGUUUCACAUGGUGUCGUAUCGCUUGGCACUUUCAAUGAAUUGGGCCGACUGGUUAGUGCUGCCACAAAUACCGUGCGCGCUUGUUCAAUCGCUCCUCGUCAUAUAUCCACCACAAGCAGACCAUCAAUGGUUGUUUUGGAUGACUACCUGAACAUCACACCCGGCCACCUAGGAGAAAUCCCCGCUGAGAAACUGCCUGUCACUGUCUUUCAGGAUGCUCUCCCAUCCUAUGCCCACCCGCAGACAAGCCGAGAUCAGAAAGAAGCUAUUGUGGAGCGUCUCAAGCCGUAUACGGUCAUUUCGACCAUGCGCGAACGCACCCCAUUCCCAGGGGACCUGCUUCGGCAGCUUCCGAAUCUGAAACUCUUGCUCGCGACGGGCACGCAAUUUGAGACCUUUGAUCUUGCUGCCGCGCGAGAGCUUGGGAUCACUGUUGCAGCUGCGCCUGGCAAAGGUCGGACGGAUGGCAAACGAAUCGACCGGCCAGUGCGGCCUCGACUCGAUAUCAAAAAGGGAGGCAGCCAUCCAACAACUCAACAUGCAUGGGCGCUGAUCCUCUCGUUGGCGCGAAAUGUGGCCAAUGAUGACGCCGCUAUGAAAGACCCAGCUAGAAAAGGAUGGCAGACACAGCUAGCCAAUGGGCUAACAGGCGCGACUCUAGGAGUAGUCGGGCUUGGACGCCUCGGGGCGGCAGUUGCUCGCAUUGGGGCACUGGCUUGGGGCAUGGAAGUGGUCUGUUGGAGUGAAAACCUAACUCAAGAAAAAGCGAAUCAAAAGGCCGAAGAAAUGGGAUUGCCUGCUUACGGGGGUGGGCCAAAUCCCAAUGCCCCGACUUUCACCGCAGUGAGUAAAGAAGAGUUGUUCCGAAACGCCGACGUGGUGAGCCUGCAUUAUGUCCUAAGUGAACGAUCGCGCGGCAUUGUCGGCGCGAAGGAGCUGGAACUCAUGAAAAGCUCAGCGCUAUUGGUUAAUACCUCGCGCGGAGGAUUAAUCGACGACAAGGCGCUUUACGAUGUGUUAGAUCGUGGCCAAAUCGGAGGUGCUGCGCUAGAUGUCUUUGAUGUUGAGCCUCUUCCUGCUGAUAGUCCAUGGCGUUCGCCCAGCUGGGGUCACCAACGCCGAAGCAACUUGCUGAUCACGCCGCACAUGGGAUAUGUCGAAGAAGGAAUCAUGCACACGUGGUAUGAAGAGACGGUUGAGAAUGUCGAGCGGUGGAUAGAGGGUAAAGAGAUUUUGCAUCGUCUAGUUUGA